AUGCUGACAAAAGAUCCAGACUCGACGUUGGCUGCUAUGUUCUCCGGGAAGUUCGAGGUGAAACCAUCAGAAGACGGAGCUUUCUUUAUCGACCGAGAUGGCAAACACUUCCGGUUUAUACUCAACUAUAGCCGCACUGGGAAAUUAACUUUGCCAAAAAGAGCAACAUUUCUAGACGAACUUGCGGAAGAAGCUGAGUUUUACCAGAUCCAAAGGAUUCUAGACGAGUUAGUAUUUAAAGUACCGGAAUAUUUUGAAGAAUCAGUGAUUCUGACGAAUGAAGAACACCGAAGCGUGUUAAAUGGUUGGUUGUCUCCACAAGAGGGAAAAUGGAAGCUUCUAUUCCGAGGUUCCCGAGAUGGUUUCCAAGCUGAAACGUUUCACUCCAACAAAGAGCCUACUGUCACCAUCGUAAAGGGUGGAAAUUACAUUUUUGGAGAAUUCGCUGAUAUCGUGGGACAGUAA